AUGCAAGAGGACAAAGAAUACGAAUUAAGGGGGAUUUUAAAGGGACAUUGUAAAGGGGUACGAUGCUUAUGUGUUAUAAAUAAUAAAACAAUCGAUGAGUUGAAUAAAUUUGAAAUAAAUUUUGAGUAUAUCGUUAGUGCAGAUCUCAAUGGAAUAAUUAUAGUUUGGAAAAAAGAGACCGAAUGCAAUGAUAAAGUUCCCAAUGAUGAUCAAUAUAAUGAUAAUUUUAUAUUAUAUAAAAAAAUCGAAGUUCAUGAAAAGUUUAUUUAUGCAUUAUGCUACAGUAAAUAUGUAGGAAUUAGCGAAUUAAAAAAUAAUAGUAAUGAAAGCAUUGAAGAUAAUUUACACUUUUAUAGUGGAGGGAAUGAUAAAAAUAUUUAUUUAUUAAAUUUAAAUGGUCUUAUUGAAUUAGUAUUACAAGGACACACCAAUAGUAUUUGCAGUAUAGUUGAAAAAGAUGAAAAUAUUUUGUUAAGUGCUGAUUGGAAUGGGGAAGUUUUUGUCUGGAAAAUUGAAAAAUCAAAUGCGAACAAUAUAGGAAGUAGUAUGAUUAAUGAUGAUAAUGCAAAUAUUUCCCCUCAAAAUCUAAAUUCUUUGAGCUCAAAUAGAUAUACCUAUACCAUUUUGAAAGUUUUAAAAAACCAUAAGCAUGCUACAUAUAUAACUUGUUUUAAUGAUAUGUUUUUCACAAUAUCACAGAAUAAUAUAGUAAAUAUGUGGAACAAAGAUGGCGAAAAAAUCGAUGAAAUAAAAAAUAUACAUAAUGAUACUGUUCGAGAUAUUAUAUUAUUUAAUGAAAAUAAAAAUAUUAUAACAUUUUCUAAUGAUGAAAAUAUACAUAUAUAUGAUUCUAACUUUAAUUUAAUAAAAAUAUAUAUGGGACAUACAGGCUUCGUUUUUUAUGUCUGUGUAAAUGAAAAGGAUAAACUCAUGUAUAGUUGUAGUGAUGAUAAAACUAUCAAAAUAUGGUCCAUUGAGGAUAUUUAUAAAUUAAUGGAAAAUUAUGAUAUCAAUAAUAUAAAAAAUAAUCCCCUAAUGAACAAUAAUAAUUGUAACAAUAAAAAUGAUAAUUUUGGAUGUCUGCAAACUAUACAUUUAAUAAAUACACUAUGGAAUAUAAAAUUACUUCACAAUGAUGAUAUCGUAUCUGCUUGUAAUGAUAAUUAUAUCAGGAUAUUUACAAAUAAAAAGGAACAUAAAUUAAAUAAAGAAAUAGUAGACAAAUUAGAAAACGAACUUAAUAAAAAUAAUGACAAAGAUAAUUUGUAUAAUAAUAAAGAUAUAAAUUCGGUAGAAAAUAUGAAAAAUAUUAUUGGAAAAAUUGGAGAAAUUAAAAUAUUCAAAAAUCAAAACAAAUAUGAAGCAUAUAAAUAUGAAACAAACGGAUGGGUUUUAAUAGGGGAUGUAGUAGAUGAUGUAAACUCAUCAAAAAAAUUCUACAUUGGUGAUAAUUUAUUUCAACAAGGUUAUUAUGAUGAAAUAUUCUCUAUUGAUACAGGUUAUGGAGAUAUUAAACAAUUACCAUAUAAUAUUAAUGAUAAUAUAAAUUUGAUAGCUGAAAAAUUUUGUAAAAGAGAAAGUAUUUCAAUAAGCCAUAUAAAAUCAAUUGUCGAUUUUAUAAAUCAAAACUGUUCAAAUUUAAAUAAAAAUAAUUCUAAUAAAGAUAUCAAUGUGAUCAAUGAAGAUUCGAAAAAGUUUGUUACUGUCUUAAAUGUAUUUACAAUACAGACAGCUUCAUUAGAUAAGAUUUUGCAAAAAAUAAAAGAAUUCAACACGAACAUUCCUGUUAACGAACAAAAUAGUUACAAACUUUCUGACAAUGAAUUAAAUAGUUUAACUAAUAUUACAAAUGUAUAUAAAAAAAGUAUUAAAAAUAAUUAUAUUUUUAACACUGCAGAUAUUAAUUUAAUUACAAAACUUUGCAAUUGGCAACCAGUUCAUAUAUUUCCUGUAAUAGACCUAUUUAGGGUUUUAAUAUUAAACAAACAUUCUGAUAUUUUGUUUAAUAAUAAAUACUCUUUUAAUGCAUUCAAAUUAGUUUAUGAUUGCAUAUUAUAUUAUUUCCAAAAUAAAAAUGAUAAAGAUAAGAAUCUAGACCCAUUACUAGUAUGUUGCCUACGGUUUUAUUUAAACAUGUUUAAUUUAUCAACGCCAAGAUAUUACAUGUUUAAAAAAUGUAAUUUAAUUUUAAAACAAUUUGCCAAUUUUAAAUCAAAUAAUCUAAAUAUCAACAUCCUAUUAAUAAAAAUAUUUUUUAAUUUUAUUAUAUCCUUAAAUGAAAAUAAUGAUAAUGAAAUAAGAAAAACAUUAUUUCAAUCUAUUCAUGAUUUUAGAGAAAAUAUAAACGAAAUAGAAUUGCUCUAUACUUAUUCCUUGUGUUUCCAUACAUCUCAUUCUACAUAUAAAAAGCAAACACAAGAUAUAAUACAGAAAUAUGAUAUUAAGCAGUUUAUCAAAGACAAAUUAAAAGCAUUAACUCCCCAAAAAAAUGAACAAAAUGAAAAGUUAUUUAAAAAUGUGAAUUUAAUUUUGAGUGACCUUCCAUAG